AUGGCGACGGCCUUGAGCGAGGAGGAGCUGGACAAUGAAGACUAUUACUCGUUGCUGAACGUGCGCCGGGAGGCCGCCUCGGAAGAGCUGAAAGCUGCCUACCGCAGGCUGUGCAUGCUGUACCACCCCGACAAGCACCGGGACCCCGAGCUCAAGUGCCAGGCGGAGCGGCUGUUCAACCUCGUGCACCAGGCGUAUGAAGUGCUUAGCGACCCGCAGACCCGGGCCAUCUAUGACAUCUAUGGCAAGAGAGGACUGGAGAUGGAAGGCUGGGAGGUUGUGGAGAGGAGGAGGACUCCUGCCGAAAUCAGAGAAGAGUUUGAGCGGCUGCAGAGAGAGCGGGAGGAGAGGAGGCUGCAGCAGCGAACCAACCCCAAGGGGACCAUCAGCGUGGGCAUCGAUGCCACCGACCUCUUCGAUCGCUACGAGGAGGAGUACGAGGACGUGUCCAGCGGUGGCUUUCCGCAGAUUGAAAUCAACAAGAUGCACAUAUCCCAGUCCAUCGAGGCGCCCCUGACAGCGACGGACACAGCCAUCCUCUCCGGAAGCCUCUCGACCCAGAACGGGAACGGAGGCGGGUCCAUCAACUUCGCGCUCAGGCGGGUCACCUCCGCGAAGGGCUGGGGAGAGUUAGAGUUCGGAGCAGGGGAUCUGCAGGGCCCGCUCUUUGGUGUAAAGCUGUUCCGUAACCUCACGCCAAGAUGCUUUGUGACGACCAACUGUGCGCUGCAGUUUUCAUCCCGGGGGAUCCGGCCUGGCCUCACCACGGUCCUGGCGCGGAACCUGGACAAGAACACCGUGGGCUACCUGCAGUGGCGGUGGGGCAUCCAGUCCGCCAUGAACACGAGCAUCGUCCGGGACACCAAAACCAGCCACUUCACCGUGGCCCUGCAGCUCGGAAUCCCUCACUCCUUCGCCCUGAUCAGCUAUCAGCACAAAUUCCAGGAUGAUGAUCAGACUCGCGUGAAAGGGUCCCUGAAGGCCGGCUUCUUCGGGACGGUGGUGGAGUACGGGGCCGAGAGGAAGAUCUCCAGGCACAGCGUGCUGGGGGCCGCAGUCAGCAUCGGCGUCCCGCAGGGCGUGUCUCUCAAAGUCAAGCUAAACAGGGCCAGUCAGACCUACUUCUUCCCCAUUCACCUGACGGACCAGCUACUCCCCAGCGCCGUGUUCUACGCCACCGUGGGGCCGCUCGUGGUCUACUUCGCCAUGCACCGCCUUGUCAUCAAGCCGUACCUCAGGGCCCAGAAGGAGCGGGAGCUGGAGAAGCAGAGGGAAAGCACAGCCACCGACAUCCUGCAGAAGAAGCAGGAGGCAGAAGCCGCGGUUCGGUUGAUGCAGGAAUCUGUCCGAAGAAUAGUCGAGGCAGAAGAAUCCAGAAUGGGCCUCAUCAUCGUCAACGCCUGGUACGGGAAGUUCGUCAAUGACAAGAGCAAGAAGAGCGAGAAGGCGAAGGUGAUCGAUGUGACGGUGCCCCUGCAGUGCCUGGUGAAGGACUCGAAGCUCAUCCUCACAGAGGCCUCCAAGGCCGGGCUGCCCGGGUUCUACGACCCGUGUGUGGGCGAGGAGAAGAGCCUGAAGGUGCUCUACCAGUUCCGGGGCGUGCUGCACCAGGUGAUGGCGCUGGACGGCGAGGCGCUCCGGAUACCCAAGCAGUCGCACAGGAUCGACACAGACGGAUAG